AAAAAAAACACAAAGAAAUAACGAAUGGGGUUGAAGAGCAAAGUUUUGAUCAUUGGUGGUACAGGAUACUUAGGUAAGAGACUAGUGAAGGCCAGUUUAGAACAAGGCCAUGAAACAUAUGUGCUUCGACGACCAGAAAUCGGCGUAGACAUUGAAAAAAUCCAGAUGUUACUUUCCUUCAAGAAGCAGGGAGCUCAUCUUGUCAUUGGUUCAUUUAACGAUCAUCGUAGCCUUGUUGAAGCCGUGAAGCAAGUCGAUGUAGUGAUAUGUGCAAUUUCUGGUGUUCAUAUCCGUAGCCAUCAAAUACUUCUUCAACUCAAACUUGUUGAUGCCAUAAAAGAAGCUGGAAACAUCAAGAGGUUUUUUCCAUCCGAGUUUGGUACCGAUCCUGCAAGAAUGGCAGAUGCAUUGGAACCAGGGAGAGUGACCUUUGAUGACAAGAUGGUGGUGCGAAAAGCUAUCGAAGGUGCAGGGAUUCCCUUCACCUAUGUAUCCGCAAAUUGCUUUGCGGGUUACAUGGUUGGAGGGUUGUGCCAACCAGGCCACAUUCUUCCUUCUACGGACUCUGUUGUCUUCCUUGGAGACGGCAAUAAGAAAUCAAUAUUUGUGGAUGAAGAUGACAUAGCUACUUAUACCAUAAGAAUGAUAGAUGAUCCACGAACUUGUAACAAGACUGUCUACAUCAGGCCUUCUCAAAACAUCCUUUCUCAGAGAGAAGUUGUGCAAAUUUGGGAAAAGCUCAUUGGGAAACAACUCGAAAAAACAUACCUAUCCGAGCAAGACUUUCUCAAUAUCAUGAAAGGUCAAGCGUAUGUGGAGCAGGUUGGGUUGACACAUUACUACCAUGUCUACUACCAAGGUUGUCUUGCGAGUUUUGAUAUUGGAGAAGAUGAAGAGGAGGCUUCUACUCUUUACCCAGAUAUCAAAUACACCAAAGUGGAAGACUACCUUACACAGUAUCUUUAAAACCGAUUAUCUAUUAUUAUUG